AUGAAACCUCUCGUAUUUCUGAGAAAGACAACCGAGUUACAUGAAGGCAGGUUGAAUAUUUGGACUCUCACAGGCUGAAGAACGAGUCUUCGAGACUUUCCACUACGCCUGAUGGAAACUUUGAAAGGCAGGAGCUCACUGCAUGAACACAUUGUUGUGCUUGUGUUCCUUAUAACAGUCAGCCAAGGGUCAGCAUGUGAACCUCCUUCCACUCCUGAGUGCUUCAAAAGACGCAUUGAGGACACUUUUUUCAUUUGUGAAUGGAGUACGAAGACAAAUAAUCCUAAUGUGACAUUUGACAUUCACAUUGGAGAAAAAAAGUUCAAUACCUCAAAGACGACGUGCUCCAUCUUGCAAGAAGUGAUCAUCAUAUAUCAUCCUGUAGACAUUUGGGUGGAAGCUCGCGUAGGAAACUCCAGCUGCGUGUCGACCAAUAGGUCGGUGGUGCUCAGCCGCAUAGUUAAGUCUGAAGCACCACAAAACAUAGGCAUGUCCUGGUCCAAAAACAACCUGAAGUUAAACUGGACGGCUGCAGGGUAUCCAGUUUUAUGCGAGGUCCUGUUCAGACGCAGUGACUACCUCACCUGGGAAAACAGAACAACAGAUGCCGCCAUUGAGUCUUCAUUCAAACAUCUUACUCUUACAAAUCUAUCAAAGGAUUCAGUUUACCUCCUACAAGUUAGAUGUCGGUAUAAUGGCCCUAAGAAGGACCUCGUCUCUCUGUGGAGUGACUGGUCUCCAGUUGUGACUGUUCCUGCAGAGCUUGAACACAAACCCGAAGUCACCAUAACAACAGAGCUUUUAAAUCGCAGCCGAAAGGUGACACUAGAGUGGAAGGCGAUGCCACAUGCAAAGUGGUACAUCCUUAACGACACGCAGUCUUCUCGUCAAUGUCCUUGCAAGAAAAAGAAAGCCCAUAAUACCACCCGUUCAACGCACACUAUUUAUGUCUCGUUAUCUGCCGUCGACAUCUGGGUAUUCGCCCAAAACUCUGCUGGGUCUUCUCCACCAGCAAUCGUACAAAUACCGGCCGAAUCUGUUGCAGGUUUAACAAUUUGUGACAAAACGGCGCUGGAUGAAAAGUUUGAUAGGAAAACUUGCCGUGAGUGGUACGAGCACCAGGACGGAGACACAAUGUCCCAAAAUCGUAUCAGAAUGAAGAAUAAGAAGAGGGGGGAAAUAGGAAAGCACUUAACGGACUAUGUUCGCUACCUUUUCUUUGAACACAAGAGGGCCGAUGGGAAACCACAGACAGUUAAAAUGUGCUUCUUUUAUCAAAAAGAGGGCGUUCCACGGAAAGAACCCCAGGACCUUACUUCUUUAACAGAAACAAAAACUUCUGCUAACUUGUCAUGGAAAGAAAUCCCUUCUGCGGACCAGCGAGGUUUCCUCACACACUACACCCUCUGCAUCCUGAAAGUCCCUUCACAAGAUGAGGUUAAAGAGUGCCGUAACAUAUCAGCCUCCGUGACAGAACACUAUGUGGAAAACUUGUUACCGGGAGGUAAAUAUGACAUCGUCCUAGCUGGAGUCACGCGUGCUGGAAAAGGACCUGAAGCCACAGUAACCAUCUCCACACUCCCCGAGGACUCAUGGAUGCAUGUGUGGUGGAGUGUGGGCAUGCUGUUUCUGUUCUUUUUCCUUACAAUGAUUUGCACCUGCAUCUUGAAGAGAAUCCAAAACAAGAUCUUCCCUCACGUGCCAAAACCUGUUGUUCAAGAUUUUAACCCAUAUCAACCAGAAAGUGGGGAGUUUCUGGAGGGAAAGGAGGAGGUAGACGAGCUGACGCUGCACCAUCUGCCGGAGGUCAAGCCUGCCCCUGAGGACGCGGAGGAGACCACCGUCCUCACACGAGAGUGGGACGACGGCAGCGACCUGGACGACAGGGUCGACUCGAUGAUGUCGGAAGGAAUCAGUGACGAGUGUCUUGGCUCCACGGAUGAGGCGAUGCGGAGCCCCAGAGGAGGAGAAAUGAAUGAUCGCAAACAAAUAGACAACGAGAUCGCCAUGCUGAUCUACAGGAAUGGCCUGGUCUUUGACAUCAAGACAGACUCGCCUUAAUAUUAAAUGAAGGUGUAACUGCCUCGCAGCACAGAAUGGCACACCAAAGACUAGAUGAACACGUUUUCAAUUCAAAAAGGUAAAGGUUUGACGUAACCUGUGAAAGAGUUGACAUCUAUUACAUUACUUGGCACAACAUUCUGUACAAACCUUCAAAAGUGAAACGUGCAACUACAGAGAACCAGGGUGGGUAGAAGGCAUUUGCGCCUGUGGAACGUAAGGGGAAGUGGUGGUCACAAAAAAGACCAGUGACCUUAAAAAAAAAAAGGUAGCUCACGCAGAGUGAAACACUGGAGUACUCAUCACUGAAGUACUGAUCAUCAAAGCAACUUCUGAUGUUGUUUUUUUGUCUUUUUCAAACUGGAACAUGUCAUGUUGAUUUGCACAAAGUGAUGACAGUGGGGAGCAUUUCACACAACGCUGCACUUAGAGACCUGUAACUGGUUCCUGUACUCUUUGGCUGUGGCCUCGUUGGGUGGAACGUCACAGUGACAGUCAAUGCAUCGUCUCUCUCCACAUCGAGACCACAGACUGACUGCUGACAUUUGACAAAAGUGAUGUGCUGGGAAGAAAAUUUACAACAGUGUGUGUGUGUGUGUGUGUGUGUGUGUGUGUGUGUGUGUGUGUGUAUUAACCCUUGUAUGGUGUUUGUGUCCAUGGGACUUAUGGGAUUUUUAUCAAUACAAAAAUAAUAUAAUUCAUUAUUUAAAAAUAAGUUAUUCUAAAAGCAGCCGAAGAUUUAAGGCGUGGAUGGCGA